AUGAAAACUGAAAUGCAUUUACUUGAUGUUUCACAACAACCAACAAUCAACAACAAACCAUUGAGCAAUGAAAACAUUCAACAUGGAGUUGACACAUUCGAUGAGCAUGACACAACAACGAAUGCAAUUUGCUUUACACUCCGCAUGAUUGCAAAACAUCCAAAAAUACAAGAAAAAUUAAACAAGAAUAUCCAAAAUGAGAUCGAAGAUGGAGAAUUGACAUUCAAAGCUUGA